CUUGGGUUCCCUCCCCAGUCCGCAGUGGGAACGCUGCCCUCUUCCUUCAUUGACCCCUGGCUCUUCUUCCCUACCCUCCCUCCCUCUCGCUACCGCCGUCGCUUCGGGCGCGCCUGCUCCCAGAGGAGCUCCCGACUCGGUGAUGGGGUCUCGGGCCUCCACUCUACUGCGGGACGAAGAGCUUGAAGAGAUCAAGAAGGAGACUGGCUUUUCCCACAGUCAGAUCACCCGCCUCUACAGCCGGUUCACCAGCCUGGACAAAGGAGAGAAUGGGACUCUCAGCCGGGAAGAUUUCCAGAGGAUUCCAGAACUUGCCAUCAACCCAUUGGGGGACCGGAUCAUCAAUGCCUUCUUUCCAGAGGGAGAGGACCAAGUAAACUUUCGUGGAUUCAUGAGAACUUUGGCUCAUUUCCGACCCAUUGAGGAUAAUGAAAAGAGUAAAGAUGUGAAUGGACCAGAACCACUCAACAGCCGAAGCAACAAACUGCACUUUGCUUUUCGACUAUAUGAUUUGGAUAAAGAUGACAAGAUCUCCCGCGAUGAGCUGUUACAGGUGCUACGAAUGAUGGUUGGAGUAAAUAUCUCCGAUGAACAGCUGGGCAGCAUCGCAGACAGGACCAUCCAGGAGGCUGAUCAAGAUGGAGACAGCGCCAUAUCUUUCACAGAAUUUGUUAAGGUUUUGGAGAAAGUGGACGUUGAACAGAAAAUGAGCAUCCGAUUUCUUCACUAAAGGACUGAAACUAAACUGGUCCUUGUUUUCUAGUAUUUAAGAACUGGAACAUGGGAGGCCGCCUGUCCACCAGCCCCACCUUCACCCUAUCAUUUGCCUUCUCCCAAAGUACUACUGUUGCAUGACAACCCCCAAUAUGUUCUGCCAACAUAAACCUGCUUUUGGUGUAUAAACAGGGCAUUACAGAAUGCUACACCCAGUCUAUAUCUGUUCCAUACCAUUCACCGGUUAUCUCCAUUUCUGAAUAUUCUCCCCACCCCAUUCUGCUGCUGAUUGCCGCAUGUGUGUCUCACCUGGCAAAGAGGGAAUCAUGUCAAGAGCCAGUCAGCAUAGCUCUUUCAUUGGAUGUAGACGACAGCCUUGCUGCCUUCCCUCCAACAGGGCUUUGUCAUGCUCCUCCAUCCUUUGUUAUAUGUCGUUUGCCUUCUACUUCUUUUUAACCAACACACCAUUCACUUAGUCUUUCAGUCUCCCUGUUUUUUAUUAAGCUUCAAUCCCCUCUGUUCUACUUGGCACCCCAAGCUAUGCCUGUUCAAUGUAUUUCUGACUUAGCAGGAUAAUUGGGUGGUCUGGCAGUUUUGAUCUACCUUUAUUUUUAAAUAGGUCUCUGGGAUGUUGCCUCUCCAGGAACUUUUCAGUAACCAACCCUUCUCUCAGAAGAAUGUGUUCUUGGUUCCUUGCACUCUGCUGUGUCAUCAAAGGGCUGUGGGUUGAGCCCUGUUUUUCUUGAAAGGCGGAGGCCUUGGUGAGAGGUGUAAAGCAAAGUCUUUCUGGUGACUCCCAGGUCACUCUACCUCUGGCCUCUGGUUCUCAGCAUACAUACCUACGUGGCUACUCUUGUUCGUACAGUGUUGACUUUUGAGAAAAUAGCCAUAUGCCAACAGGUUUGCUUAGUUUGGGGACACUGUCACCACCAGAAUGUCUGCUCUGACAAUAUGAUUGGGGACUUUCCCAUGACUUUUUGAGCAAGGAGGCUGGCACCCUAAAAGCCUCAUGUAUUCCCACUUCUGCAGCAUGAUUUAUGCCUCAGUGUUACGUGCCCUGGAAUGUUUUUCACUUCACAUUUCCAAAUAGAAAGAUUAGUGUUACAGAAGUGCCUACUUAUCCAGUCCAAGAGAUUUAAAGAUUGUCUUCAGUAUCUCGAAGUUUUGCACAAAAUUUUUAAUGAAUUUUACACUUGGCAAAUGUUAAUACUGGAAGCCAUAGUCGGCUCCUAAUACAGGUCCAAAGCUUUGAAUGUAUUGUAUCAUAAGCAGCCUGCUUACAUUUAAUUACUAGCUCCUCUCUUAAACCACUGCUAAUCCCUUAGAAACAGGGGGUCUGGCACCAGUGGCACAACCUGAGGAGGCAUUACAGGCCUUUGCAUGAACCAGAGCAACUUUUCCGCCUAAGUCAGCUUAGGGAAGACCUCAUUGAAUCAGGCUUUUGUCAUCCUAACAUCUGUCUUAACAUCCUAACAUCAGUCUGUUCAUUGUUAUAAAUGCCCUUGGCUGAUUUUGUCUGACUCGUUGCAUGCUUGCUUGUGUCCUUGCUUUGGAAAAUUAUCCAAGAUGUAUGCAUAAUUCUUUAGGAAGGGAAUUGCUUUUUUUUUAAUCCUCACCCGAGGACAUUUUGCCAUUUUUUGUUCAGAUAGAGUGGGGAGGAGAGAGAGGAAGAGAGAGAGAGAGAGAAACAU